CCGGAGCAGUUCGGAUCAGUUGGCUUUUGAACGUCGUCGGAACCGAACGUGAAACGGUGCUUCGUUUGUGCUCUCUUGGUGUCGUAAUUUUAGUGGUGGCCUCGCGACGACGCGUGUUUCGGCCGAACAAUUCGCACAACCCAGUACCAGUACAGUGCAGUGCAGUGUGGCAUGGUGGAAGUCGUUUAACCCAUUUUUGGUGCGGAACCCGUGUUGUCUGCCAGAGGAUUGGAAUAACAACAAGUUGGAGUCACAGAGCCCCCUCUUUCCUCUAUCCUCUAUCGGUGUCUGAGUGAUUUUUCGUCUCAGGGUUCAUAAAGCCCGUGCUAUUUUCUGUGAAUUGUGUGAGCGUAUCGUGAAGCGUGUAGAAUUCUACGUUCAUUGUGAAGCAGAAGCAGCAAAUAGGGAAGAUUUUGGGGCUGGAAAUUUCCGGUGGAGCUUACAAGGGGUGAGUGAGAGUGUAGACGAAGCGAAGACGUCGUCUGGUGGUCUUGGAACCAAUUUUUUGGCGGCUGCCGCUGGUUUGUGUUUAUUUGGCCGUUUGUCGAUAUUUUUUUCUCUAUCCCCGUCUUGCCUUUCACACAACACAACACGACCGGCUGAGGGUGUCAGUGGAUCAAAAAAGCGACGAAACACACACCGUUUGAGUGUAAACAUCAAGCCCCUCGCGGUUUAUAUAUUUUUUCGCACCGAAUGUUUACGCGAAUUUGAGCCGGCUGAGAGGUGAAUAAAUAUUGGGAUUCCUUGCUGUGCGGUCAGAUCUUCAAAAAAGUUGUCAUUGAGACGACCCAUUUCGGUCAGUCAGUCAGUGUGUUGAAGUGUACGUGAAUUAGUGGUGUCAAACCGGUGAAUCCCAGCUGUCUUAAAACAGUGUUUCUCCAUUUAAUUUCCGCCCAGGACCCCUGCCGACAGGAAGGUGAAAAUCCACACAAAACGUCUUCGCGUGGAUAAGGUGCAGAAAGCGACUGACUAAUUUCGUCCACCCCCAACUGCUGGUGAAGGAGAAGAAGAAGCUCGACAAAGACGUUCAACCGUUGACGACAUUUAUUAUCCGUGGCUUGGCAAAGCUUUUUGUCAGACAUCAAUCAUCUUCAGCGUGCCGUGUUACGUAAUUUUACUGUGAGAAAGUCGUUGAAGAAGGCAGAAAAAAUCGAACCUCCCCAAAGGUGUUCCGGAUUCUAGAAGCAACGACUUAUUGCUGCGCCCCAUCGAAGAAGAGAUAACAAGUGAAGAAGCAAGUGGAUAGGAAGAAAACCCCAGCACACGAUGGAGCUUUCCAGGAUAAAAGUACUUUACGGUGGAUUAAUACUUCAGCUGCUAUUCACGUUUACCGUUCCGCUGCCAUACAACAAGUAUGGCCGCAAGUGCAGUGACAUCGGGUGCCUGUCGAGUCAGGUGUGCGUGAUGGCUUACGACACGUGUACGAUCGGGCAGCGCGAAGGAGCCGAAUGUGGCCGCUUUCCCACGUGCAAGAAAAACACCGAUGCCGGACUUGCCGCAGGUCCUAGUGAAAACGCCCAAGACUUGCACAGUGACCGACCGAAUCCCCCCAAAUCGGCUCCACCCUCGGACGAUGACGUACUAAGUAGUCUGGGACUGAUACCGAACAAUCCGACCAACAACGGGGGUGGAAGCUCGAACAGACCCUCGGGUUCCGGGGGCUACGCCAAUCCCUACCCUUCCGUUCCGAGUCCGAAUCAACCUCAGCAACCGUACUAUCCCCCGCAACCGGCUCCUUCCGGCGGAAGCAAUCAAUAUGGCGGUGGCGACGGAAACAACUACUAUGGUGGAGGUGGCGCCGGAAAUAACAAUGGCGGAGGCAGCCGACGCCCUGGACAGUUUGACGGAUCAGGAGGUAAUAUUGUAGUUCCGACUCCGAAACCAGCUGCUCCCGCUGGAGGAGGUUUCUUUAGCGGAAUCCUUAGCGGUGUCCAGAAUGCUGUCGGAAAUGCUAUCAAGCAGCAGGUCGGAACCUACAUCAACCAACGUUUGGGAAUUGGUCCGGCAGCUGGAGCUGGAGCCGGUGGUCAAGCUGGAGGUGCCGGUGGUCUCGGUAGCUUCCUGGACGCUAGAAACUUCAUCGAUAGUCGCAAUUUGGGUGGCCUUUUCAGCGAACGUAAGCCUAGCGGAAGCGGUUCUUCCCAAACCGGACCAUAUCCGGUAACCGUUGACCAGCGAAGCCAGGUUUAUUCGUCCAAUGCAGCACCCAAUCAACGGGCUUCCGGUGAGCAAUCGGGUGGAAGUCGUGGUUCCGGAACUCCGGCUCCAUAUGGAUGGAAGUUGGACUAAACAUUUUUUUCGAAUAAAAAAGAAAAAAACAAUACUAAUCUACUAACCAAAUAAUAAUUGAAAGUGACAUUAAGGAAGUACUAACCUUGCGAGAAACAUGCAGAACAAUAAUCGAACAACAUAUUAUUUUAACCUUACCAUACUUUUGAGCUGUACCUAGCUUUAGAUUUGAUUGCAUAAUCCAUUCUCUUUUUUUAUUCAAGGAAACAAUUAUUUUGAUAUAUCUAAUAGAUUAACAUUGAGGUAAC